AUGGAAUUCAAAUAUUUAAUCCUUUUACUCAUUGUCUUGAUUGCUUUCAUUUGUAUGAUCAAUCCUGCUGCUGCUGAGGGUGAAGCUGUUUGUUGCUCAAUCUGUCCACCAAUGCAUUGGGCUUCAACAGUGUCAAAGCAAUGGUUUCUAUUGGUUGGUCAUCUCUACUCGAGACCGUCGACCAACCACCCAUACAAGCACGAGAUCUAUCUCGAAGACACUGAUACUUGCAAACCAACCUUUAUCGACUCGCUCUUGUCACCCUACUCACUACUCAACCAUAUCUCUACACUUAGUAUCUCAUUGACACCUGUCAACAACAAAACAAAAAGACAUUGUCUUUUACAAACAACUAAUAUUAAUCUAUUCAAUUCAUCAAAUGAUGAUAAUCAAGUAAUUCAAUCACCAGACUCUUCUUCUUCUUUAUCUUCUACCUCCUCAUCCUCUUCAUCUUCAUCUACAUUGUCAACAUUUAAUUUCAAGACAUUUCAUAAACUUAAAUUAUUGGUUGUUAGUAGUCAGGUAUUGAAUCAUCAAUUGUUUCUACCACUUUUAUUAUCAUUGGAUCGUGUACAAUCGACACAACCAAAAAGAUGUUUAAACAAGAUACUUAUCUAUAUAGAUGAACCUAUUUUAAAUACAUCACCUUUAUUCAAAUUGCUUCAAGAUACAGUGGCACCCCAUCUCACCAAAAUCUCUUUGAUUGCCGAGUCUCAACGAAUCAACGAUGCUCUAGAGUUUACAAACUAUAUUGACUUUGUGGUAGAGUCGGUUGGACCAAAACUUCGAAAGCUAUUCAUCGAUGUUCCUAUUGACCUUGUCACUCUACUUCUUGGACAAGCUGAAAAGAUAAAGAAUGUAACAAGCCUUCAUAUAGCAACCAAGUUUUUGAAGGAGAGUUUAUUCCCUUGGCAAUUGAUCAACAAUUUCCACCAACUACAACACCUCACCACCGAUUUCCCUCAAGAGUCAAAGGAGUUUAUGGAUUUCUUGAUCGCUAGCAAGACCAUUACAACACUCGGUACUGCCAUUCAAUCAACCUCUUAUAAUAUCACCAAUCUUUGUCAUCAAACAUCACUACAAAACAUGACAAUCUCUAUUAAACCCAACUUUACAGGUAUUUGUCCUAUCUAUUCUAUUCCACCAACCGUUGAAUCACUCACCAUUCUUUUGGAUACAAUGUAUGAAGAAAGAAUAUUUGAAUCUUUAACAAGUGGUAUAUAUGCAAUGUUAAAUAGAUGUAAUGUAAAAUAUUUAAAUAUUUGUAAAAUUGCAACAAGUUUUAGAAUUGAUGGAUUAGGAUUUUUAAUGAAACAUAAUACAAGUAUUAAACAUUUAGUCAUUUCAAAUGUAAUUGAAAGAUCACCAGAUGGAUUGGAACUUUUAUUUAAAGGUCUAAAGUUUAACAAGACACUUGAAACAAUGUCUAUUUAUUGUGACAUUAAAGAUUGGAAUCUUUUGUUUGAUUGUCUCAUUGCACAUCAAAGCCUCACACGAAUUUCUGUCAAUCGAAAAGGUCUAGGCCAAAAGUUUCAAUUCCCUUUUGAACUAUCUCUAAAGUAUACCACCACCUUUACUGAUAGUGCACUUGUUGAAUUUGAUAAAAUUGAAUAA